UCUUCUUCAUCUUCUUCUUCUUCGACCCCUUUAAAUAGUGUCCUUGGAUGUCUCGUCCCGCCAUCUGAUCUGCAACGCUGCACACCGAGCUGAUCUUGUUCAUCGGAGCCCAUCACCGCUCCCUCAAUCUCUCUCUCUCUCUCUCUGUCUCUCCGUGCAAUGGCCACAGGAAUCAACGCCGACACGGCCAGCCCCCCUCCGCUUCCCCUCGACGGCCGCGUCGCCAUCGUCACCGGCGGAUCCCGCGGCAUCGGCCGCGCGAUCGCCUCCCACCUCCGCUCCCUCGGCGCUCUGCUCGUCAUCAACUACGCCUCCAGCUCGGCCCAAGCCGACGCUGUCGCCGCCGAGCUCAGCUCGUCCGGCUCCGAUCCGUCCGCCCCUCCGCGCGCCAUCGCCGUCAAAGCCGACAUCUCCGAUCCCGAUCAGGUCAAGCACCUCUUCGACGAGGCCGAGCGCGCGUUCAGGUGCCCUGCCCACGUCUUUGUCAACUGCGCCGGCGUCAUGGACCCCAAGUACCCCAGCCUCGCCGACACGACGGUGGAGGACUGGGACUCGACCUUCAAGGUCAACGCGCGGGGCGCGUUCCUCGGGUGCCGGGAGGCUACGAACCGGCUGAGGCGCGGCGGUGGGGGGAGGAUCGUGAUGGUGACGACGUCGGUCGUCGGGGGCCUGUUCCCCGGGUACUCAGCCUACGCAGCGUCGAAGGCGGCGGUGGAGACGAUGACGAAAAUCGCGGCGAAGGAGCUGAAGGGGACAGGGAUCACGGCCAACUGCGUCGCGCCGGGGCCCGUAGCGACGGAGCUGUUCUUCUCCGGGAAGACGGAGGAGAUGGUGCAGAGGCUGGUGGACGCCUGUCCACUGGGGCGGCUCGGGGAGGGGAAGGACGUGGCGGAGGCGGUGGGGUUCUUGGCGAGUGAUGCCGGAGAGUGGGUCAACGGUCAGGUGAUGAGAGUCAACGGGGGAUUCGUCAUUUGAUUCUGUAAGGGGCUAGGUUCGGGGUUGACCUGUUCAAUGAAAUGGGAUUUUGCCCUGGCUGGGCAAUCACACUCCUCCCUCUCUUGUAAUGUAACUAGGUUCCGUUUUUUGGCCUUAUGUAAUGUACUUGCUUAAUAUUAAGCUUAAAUGUUAGAAUGAAUUGGAGAAAUCACAACCCAUUUACUCAAUACACACCUUGAGCAUUAAGGUUGCUCAUAUUGAGCUUAAAUAUUACAAUAUGAUAUGAACUAUUUGUG